AUGUCUGAUGAUGAAUUAGAUUUAGGAACUGGUAUGUUCGAAGAACCAGAGGACUUCAGACCUCCGCCACCUCCAGACCAUUUUGCUGAAUAUGAAACUCCAAACAAAGAAACCGUUAAGUUGAAAUUGGUGGGUAAAUCACCAUUAUGGGGACAUUUAUUGUGGAAUGCUGGGAAAUAUACUGCUGAUUAUUUAUAUAAUCAUAGUGAAUUAGUUGAGAAUAAGAGAGUAUUAGAAUUGGGAGCCGCAGCAGCUUUACCAUCAGUUGUUUGUGGUAUGAAAAAUGCUUCAGUAGUGAUAUCAACAGAUUAUCCUGACCCAGAUUUACUUGGAAACAUUCAAUACAAUGUCGAUAACUCAAUCGGUAAGAAAUUAACCAAUGUGGAAGUUAAAGGAUUCAUUUGGGGUAAUAACAAAGGUCCUAUUUAUGAUAUGGAAGAAAUCAACGCUUCAGAUAUCCAAGAAAAGGAUAAAUUUGAUUUGAUUAUAUUGUCAGAUUUAAUUUUCAAUCACACAGAACAUAGGAAAUUACUCACAGAUUGUCAAGAAUUGAUCAAAUCCGAUGGGAAAGUUCUUGUUGUUUUCUCUCCACAUAGAGCACAUUUGUUACAUAAAGAUUUAGAGUUUUUCGAAACUUGUGAAGAAUUUGGUUUUACUAGUCAAUUAGUUGAACAAGUUAAUUGGUCUCCAAUGUUCGAAGAGGAUGAUGAGACAGCAGAAAUUAGAUCAAGAGUUUAUUGUUAUUUAAUGACCCCCAAUUAA